CAGGCAAGAUGAGCUGACAGAUGUUAUGAAAUGGGAAUAAGGCCACACAGCUCAGCACGUUUCUUACUGUGAUGCCGGUGGACUUUAUUCUACAUUAUGUUUUUGGACGGAAGUAGUUUUUAGUUUAGUUUAAUAAAUAUGCACCCACAGAUUUUAUGUAGCGGCCCAGCAGCGGCCGUUGCUGCCCGGAGAGUGCGGAACAUUCUGGGCGCCGUCCUGGGGAGAGACGGCUGGAUGUGGAGAACACAUGAGGUCAAACUACUCAACACAUCUUCAGGUGACACAGUGAAGAUCGGAGAAAUCUCUUACAAGCUCAAGACACCCAAGAACCCAGAGCUCGUUCCUGUCAAACACAUUUCAGACUCCCUGCCGCAGACAGUAGCCCAGCACCUGAGAUGGAUUAUGCAGAAGGAUCUUUUGGGACAGGAUGUGUUCCUCAUUGGUCCACCAGGACCCCUGAGACGAUCCAUAGCCAUGCAGUACCUCGAGUUGACCAAACGGGAGGUAGAAUAUGUGGCUCUGUCCCGGGACACCACCGAGACCGACCUGAAACAGAGGAGAGAGAUCCGCUCAGGGACGGCCUUCUACAUUGACCAG